CGUCACAGGAGAAGUAACAUGCAGGAGAAACUUGACUGUAAACACUAAGGGAGGACAGACAGACUGGGGAAAAAGACAAGCAGGGGGUAACUGAGUGUGUUCUGACUCGGGCUCGGAAAGAGAAAAAAAAUGCCUCGGAAGAAGCCGUUUAGCAACAAACAGAAGAAGAAGCAACUUCAGGUGAAGCGCGAGAGGAAGCGAGGUGAUACAGGCUCGGGUCAGAGCAGCCGGAAUGCGAGUAUCGAGCGGACCGUUAGACGGGACAGACAGUCAGAUACGUCAGACAGCGAGACGACGGAUAUAAGGAGGAUAAACCACCAGCCUGGCACCAGAGACGGCAGAUAUGACCCCAACAGGUUUCGUCUUCACUUUGAGAGGGAGAGCAAAGAAGAGGUGGCAAAAAGGAAGAAAACGGCCAGAGAGAAAAUACUGCAGGCGGUUCCAGAGAAAGACCUGGAGAUGGACAUAAAAGAUGUCUACCCUGAUGAGCAAGGGCUGGAUUUCCCACGAAGGCCCUCUUGGCAUUAUGGGAUGCGCAGAGAAGAACUCUUAAGGAAGGAGCAGAAGGCAUUUGAUGAAUUUCUAGAGAAUCUCCAUUCCAAGAAUCCCACCGACUCCCUCAGCCAUUUCGAACACAAUCUAGAGACCUGGAGGCAGUUAUGGAGAGUAUUAGAGAUGUCCGAUGUCAUCCUGCUUAUAGUUGAUAUCAGAUACCCGGUUUUACAGUUUCCUCCUGCUCUGUAUCACUACGUCACAGGUGAACUGCAGAAGCAGGUAAUUGUGGUGCUCAAUAAGGUUGACCUUUGUCCUGCGCCCCUUGUGUUGGCAUGGAAACACUACCUGAGUAAUCACUUUCCUCACCUGCAUUGUAUCUGCUUCACCUCACACCCUGGACAACCCUACAACAGCUUGUUUCAGAAAAGGCGAAUGAGGAGGAAGAAUGGGUGGGGCCAGGCAGGAGGACCCAUCCACAUUAUGAGGGCAUGUCAGGAGAUCACGGCUGGAAAAGUGGAUUUAAGUAGCUGGGAAAAAAAGAUACAAAGAGAUGCGAUGGCGAUGGGACGAGACAACAGUUGUUCUGGUGAUGGCGUGGAGACCGUGCUGAUGGAACAUCACACGGAUGUUGCCAUGGAGCUGAACAGUCCCAAACGAGAACUUUACAAGGAUGGAGUACUCACAUUAGGGUGUAUAGGAUUUCCUAAUGUAGGGAAGUCUUCAGUGUUGAAUAGUUUGGUUGGUAGGAAGGUUGUGAGUGUGUCUCGGACUCCUGGUCACACAAAGUAUUUCCAGACGUACUACCUCACCCCUACUGUUAAACUGUGUGACUGUCCUGGACUCGUCUUCCCCUCUCAAGUCAGCAGACAACUACAGAUUCUGGCUGGUAUUUACCCAGUGUCCCAGCUGCAGGAACCCUACAGCUCGGUGGGAUACCUGUGUGAGCGCACUCCCUUCCUGUCAGUGCUAAAAAUUACACACCCAGAACAGACUGCAGAUACACAACACACGCACGAGUGGACAGCAUGGGAUGUGUGUGAAGCGUGGGCAGAGAGAAGAGGCUAUAAGACAGCAAGGGCAGCACGGAAUGAUGCCUAUCGAUCCGCUAACAGCCUGCUGCGCCUGGCCAUGGAUGGACGCUUAUGUCUGAGCUUGCGGCCACCAGGAUACACACAGAACAAAGAGAAAUGGGAAUCCCACGCAGAUUUACCAGAAAUCAUCGUUCUACAGGGACGCUCCACAAGGCCCGAGGACGAGGAGAACGGCGAUAGGGACGAGGAAGAAGAAGAGUCGAGCUCGGAGCCAGAGGAGGAAGACGACAGAGACGCGGACGACGACGAGGACGCUGACGGAGACGACGAAGACGAAAGCGUGCGGUCCGAUAAAAUCGGCAAGACCGACAGCCUGAACAUGUUCGGCCUGCUGGGAGAGCACGAGUGCGAGUGAAGGAGGAGCUCCAUCUCGGCGCUCAUUCUGUCAUCUCAGCUGGUCACUUUUUGUUUGUUUCUCAGAUUCCUCUUGCCUGCAUAUUCUCUCAGUUUGUGACUUUUUUUUUUUUCUCAAUCAAAUACUGGAGGUUUCAGUGACACAGUGUCUUUUACACUCCACGAUAAAUAUCCUGCUCUUGUGUAAGCAGCUGAGCGUGUAUACGUCUAGACGCUCUCUCGGCUUUGUUUAUUCUUGAUUGUAAUUUAAAAGUUUUCAUUUAAUCUCUUGUGUUCGAGAGUUUAGAUUGAAUGUAAAUACAGUCGGGCCAAGCGUCCAGCCUGUGUAUCGAGUACAAUCGUUGAUUGAUCAAGAAUCCGAGUUCUUUAUUGAGCUUUAUUGCCAAAGUUCAGCAGGAGGUCAUUGAGAGAAGGCAAAAGUGCUGCACGAUCAACACAUGCAGCUUUAGGACAAAUAUGCCAGGUGUAUUUAAAGGAUUUAAGUAAAUACAAAAGCCAGCCAUGAAAUGAAAUAAAAGGUGAGUAAGAGAAGAUGAGAAGUAGAGAACCACAUGAGAGAAAAGAGCGGGAGUGGCUGUCUAAAGCACUUUUUAAAUCAGGAAGAUCUGUUGAGAAUUUCUGAAUAGAUCUUGCCAGACCAGAGGUGUGACUGGCAUGAAAUUACUGCUCACUCAGGCCGUGGGCAGGAAGAUAUACAUGCCAGGGUUAGAUUAAUUGAAUUUAUUUAGCUUUUUUGAAGAUGACGCGCAUGCAUCCUUUGCUUUCCUACAAUGAGAUCAAAAUCUUUGUAAAGCUUCGUGUGCUGCCUUUAAAGGAACAUAUCAAAAGCUUUCUUUGUGGAUACUUUCUACAUCACUGACUUAUAAGACAGCACAGGUUGUCUUAAAGCAUCACGGCUUCUGUUUUCGUCACAGCUCAGGUUUUGAGCAAUAAUUCGGUAUAUAUGAAGGGAAUCGUGGGUAAUUCACAGCCUUUUCAAGUUCCUUAUGAUUGGUACACUAUGACAUUCUAUUCUUGUUUGUGUUUCCUGGCAUCGCUUUAGCGUGAGUGCUAUCAGAUUUAGUUUUUUUUUGUUUUUUUUUUGGAAAAACAAAGAAAUCUUGAUAACGGGACUAAUGUGAUAUACAUUUAAUUUACUGUUGAAUAAAUACAGUUUUUGUAGUACAUGAAAAUAUUAGCUCACAGAUUAAUAGCUGUACACAUACAAAAAAAAAAAAAUCAAUGACCUGUUUUUAAGUCAUGGAGAUAUUUUGUUACUCGGUAUAGAUUUCUAUAUAUGGGCCAUACUGAAUGGGUCUAAAUCAGGGUUUGUAACGCCGAGUUACAGGGAGUUUGUCCGUGCCUGUGCUCAUCACUGAGCUAUACUAUGCAAGAGUAGGAAUAUAUUUUCAUUAGAUGAGAAAUAAAAGAAUUUGCUGUGUUAAUUUGCCCCCACGUGACCGGAGGGACACGUGUGUAAGACGUGUAACAUGCUUGCACUGUUAUUUACGUGAGAAAACUAUAAAGGUUUUCAUUAGUGGACAUGUAGAUUAUAUGAAGUAAGAGACCUUGAUGGAGUAAAUGCUGACAUCCAAGGACCAUAUUCCUCAAAUAUUUGUUUAUAGCACUUCCAAUCAAAAGUGGUACAAUUCCAGUGUUGUGUUUUAUCCUCAUAUUAUCAUCAGACAUCUUAACACUGACACAAGGGCAGGGAACAUGAGCAGAGACUUGUUUGAAUUAUGUAUGCCUCAGGAACGAAGACAUUUGUUCUGGAGUGGGCGACUGUAAAGAGGAUGUUUGCCUACUGUGUGCAGGUGACCAAGCAAACAAAUGUGUUUUAUUGCUUAUAUUGACUUGAUAGUCCUCUGUAAUAAAGAUGACAUGUCUUGAUAUCA